UUCUUAUCAGACACUAAAGCUGUUCACUCAUUAAGGAAUCAACUACGAAAAGUGAAAUUCUUUAAAAAGUCCAACGAUCUUUACUCCUUAAAUCAGUCGGCCGAUUUAAAAGGGUCACCUUUGCCAGCAAUUCAGUCCUUCAGGGAGUUAUUGCUUGAUGAUGUUUUGCCAUGGUUGAGAGACUUGACAGAAAUUCCUCUCGACGAUACGCUUGACAUAACUUGCUCAAAGUAUGAAUAUGGAGAUGUGCUGUUAUGUCAUGACGAUGAGUUGGAAAGAAGACGAAUUGCUUUUAUUUACUAUCUAGUCCCUGAAUGGUCUAGCGAAGACGGAGGAACGUUAGAUUUGUUUUCGAUAGACGACAAUGGAGAUCCCGAUACCGUUGUUAAAUCACUGGUUCCGCAGUGGAAUAACUUUGUUUUUUUUGAAGUCAAUACUAUAUCUUUUCACCAGGUAUCUGAAGUUAUUAGUAAGAGCAAAAAAAGAUUGUCUAUCAACGGAUGGUUUCAUGGUCCUAAUAUUGACAGACCUAAGUUACAUAAAAUUCCCAUUCCCCUUAUCUCAGAGACUGAAACACUGACUUCCUUAUCGGAUUGGAUUAACCCUGUCUAUCUUAAUAUUGAGACUCAAUUACAAAUUCGGAAGCAAUUUGAAGAGAAUUCAGAAAUUCAAUUAAUAGAUUUUUUGCUGAACGACAAAUUUAAUGCGGUGUGUUUUGAAUUACGGAAUCAUGCCAAUUCAGCUUGGUCUCGUAUAGGACCCGCAAAUAAAUGUACAGAUAUCUCGAAAAUUUCAUCGUUGCCAGUGAGUGCUAGGGAUUGCUUUGAUUUAUUCAAUUCUAUAAAGUUCUACACGUUUAUUGCAACCUUAACGGGGCUAAAUAUAGGAGGUUGCAAACCUCUGUUUUCCACGGAAACUGAUGAAAGCGAUAGUGAUACGUUACAAACAGAUACAUCAAGCAACUACAGCGAGGACCCUGAUGUAUGUAAUAUACAAUGCUGUUGUGGUAAUUUCCGGCGCUGGAAGCACAAAUAUUACACGCUCAUAAGGGACUCAGACCCAGAAAUGACAGAGUUUGGUUUAGAUACUGUCAUUUUCUUCUGUUCAGCAUCAUGGAAACCUGAAUGUGGAGGAAGUACAGCAUAUAUUGCCAAGGGCGAAGAUGAUGAGCUACUCACCAUUCAACCUACCGAUAACACACUAUCAAUAGUAUAUCGAGAUACAGAAACGAUAAAAUUUGUUAAAUACAUUAAUCAUCGUUUACUAGCACUCAAUCCUGAUAGUAAAUGUCCACACUUUUAUGACUUGGCAAUGACUUAUUACGAAUGA